AAAACUGUUCAGGUUGUUGCAGACCGUCAAGAAGCAGAAGCAACAAUGAGUCUCUCCGUAAAAGACAAGGCAAUCAUCAAGGCCUUUUUUGGCAAGAUUCGUGGCAAGUCCGAGGAUGUUGGCAAGGAGGCACUUUCCAGGACGUUGGUGGUGUACCCGCAGACCAAGACCUAUUUCGCCCACUGGAAGGACCUGAGCCCCGGUUCUGCCCAGGUCAGAAAGCACGGUGCAGUCAUUAUGGGAGGCGUCUUGAAUGCGGUGGAGAAUAUGGACGAUCUCAGUGCUGGUCUUCUCAACCUCAGCGAGCUGCAUGCCUUCAUGCUGCGAGUCGAUCCCGCAAAUUUCAAGAUCAUCAACCACAACCUAUUAGUUGCGCUUGCCAUGCUGUUUCCGGAAGACUUCACCCCUGAAGUGCACGUGUCUGUGGACAAGUUCCUGUCCCAACUUGCCCUGGCCCUGUCUGAGAAGUACCGUUAAAGAAAGAGAAAGAAGACCGAUGCACGUUUUAUUUCUUGGUAGUGACAACUAAGAAAAAAUAAAAAAACUAAAACCUA